CAUUACGACACAUUCACUGCUUGACCGCUUCACCGCUUGACCAGCUGGCGGCCCUUCACAGCACAGCAUCCAGGCAGUCAGUAUGAGGAUGCCUGCGCCCCUCAAGUGGGCAGCAGCGGUGUUCCUGGGUGCAAACGCACUCACCUCCGUCCCGCAACACUGGCAAAUCACCAAUGCCCUGCGGACAAUCGGUCUGACGCACUCCUUUGUCACAGAGCAGGUCGCCGUUAUCAUUGAAAAUAUCUCUUCAAAGCCCCAGACGGUCUUCUACGUGCCGCUCGCCGCUACGGGCAGUCAUUUGGAGGCAAAAGUCAAGACAAAGACCGCGUCCACUGAUCUGGCAGACAACCUCCUGGUCAACAAGGAUGAGCAGCAUUGGGCCAUUGAGCUUCCCUCUGCAUUGCCAGCUGGACAGAAAAUCACUCUGUCCUUGUCGUCCUCCAGGCUCCACAAGCUCAAGCCAAAGCCUUCGACCAUGGACCAAACGGGCAAGCAGUUCUUGGAGUACACGUUUGAAACCAGAGUCUCAAGCCCAUACAAGACACUAAAGCAAAAGACAAAGCUGAAGUUACCGAAUGGCAACAUCAAGGAACACACUGGUGGUGGCGAGGUCUCUGACAGCACAGUGUCGUAUGGCCCAUACGAGCACGAUAGCUCUAGCGCCGCAGACGAGGUUGCAAAGAUCCGAUUUGAGCACACAGCUCCUCUCACAGUGGUCAAGUACUUUGAACGCGAUAUUGAUGUAUCGCACUGGGGUGGUAACAUCGCUUUUGAAGAUCGCUACUCUGUGACAAACGACGCAGCUCGCCUUCGCAAGCAAUUCGACCGUAUUGAGUUCUCUAGCAGACAGCGACCUGGACCCUCUUCUGCAAUCAAGGCAAUGGCAUUCAAGCUUCCAAAAGGCACGCGCGAUGUCUACUACACAGAUGAGAUUGGCAAUGUCUCUACCUCGCGCUUCCGCAAAAACAAAUUUGACGCACAGCUCGAAAUCACACCGCGCUAUCCCAUCUUUGGCAACUGGAACUACACGUUCACUCUUGGCUGGAACAAUAACCUUGGCCGCUUCAUGACAAAGUCUGGCAAUCAGCACUAUCUCCGUGUGCCAUUCAUGGAGGGCGUCGACAAUGUUGCAUACGACGACGUACUUGUCAAGGUCAUCUUGCCAGAAGGCGCCAAAAUCAAACAGAUUGAGACGUACGUGCCACACAGCAAGGAGACCCGUGGCGUCAAGAAGACUUUUAUGGAUACUGUUGGUAGGACUGUGGUUGCCUUUGAAGCAAGUGACUUGACCGAUGACCUAGCUCGUAGGGAGCUGCUCAUUGCAUAUGAGUACACGACGGCAGAUCAUCUACGCAAACCGCUUGUGGUCACUUUGGCUAUUGGUGCCAUCUUUGCUCUGAGCAUCGUGGCCAACAAAAUCUUAUAGACUUUCUAGCCAUUGAUCAGCGACUUUUGUGUCGACUUUUUCAAUUGAUUCUCCAGAUAGAUGAUGAAUGCUACCGUCAAUACAUCGGGAUGUGGAAUUCCAUCUGAUCGUUCCGUAUCUGGAAGCUUGGCCCUCUAGAACCUGAGCCUCGAGCGCUUCGUCUUCAUGACUCAGAUUAAA